AUGAGCAAUUUAACAGAUGACCUCUGGUUUGAGAUUUUCCUCCGCCUUCCGGUGAAGGAUCUACUUGCAUCCAAGUGUGUUUGCAAAUCCUGGCUGUCCAACAUUUCGAGCCGUCGUUUCGUCACAGAUCAUCUCCGUCGCUCAAUCUCAAGUGGGGAGGAUGAUGAAACUCUUAUCGUUCAUCAUUCAGUUACUAUUCUUAUGGACCAACAUCUUCUAGAAUUUUGGGUUCUAAUUUGUGGCAUUGUUUGUGUUCUUGUUGAGCAUGGAAGGAGAUAUGAUAUUUACCUUUGGAACCCUGCUACAAAACUCUCCAAACUAAUUCCCUCUCAAGCCGAAGGUCGCCUCUUAAAGCAGCAGAUUAUAGGCUUUGGUUUUGAUCAGAAAGAUUUUGAUUGUAAAGUUGUUGAAAUUGUAUCCUCCUCUACUUCAGUGUAUUCUUCAAACAGGAAUGCUUGGCGAAAGAUGUAUCCAAUUAAGCAAAUUCUGCCCAUUGAUGUUCCCUUUGUAACGUUAGAAGUAUGCUUGCACGGAUUUUUGUUAACAACGGGACAUAAAGGUAUGAUGGCUUUUGAUCUAAACAAGGAGGUAUUUAUUUAUGAUAUUAAGCUCCCUGUAGAUCCUGAAGACACUUGCAUUGCUGAAUAUUAUGAUUUGAUUGCUGUUAUGAUGUGCGAACGAUCUGAAAAUAAGGUGAAAUUGUGGACAUUGGAUGAUGAAGCAUGCCUUAGUGGUGGUGGAGUAGAGGCAUCGUGGACUAUGAAGCUCAGUUUUGAUGUAGGUUAUCAGCAUUUUCAUCGUCCUCAGGGAAUUUUCAAUAGCGUUGAGUUCUUACUGGUUGAUUAUAGUUACAACCGGUUUCUUUAUAACCCCUACAAGCAAGCGCCGACAAAUCUUCGCCGUACUACCUCCUGGGAGAUUUUCAACCAUAAAAAGAGCCUUUUUCCAGUUGCAGGGUCCAAACCAGUCAAGUGGACUGCUUCACCUUGGAGGCAGCUGCAACUUGAGUGGGACUACAAUGUGGAAAAGGAUGAAGAAAGUAUCUCAACUGAUGAUGAUAAUUAA